AUGGAAGAAAAGUUAAAUGAAAUGGAACAAGCUGGUAUCAUCACAAGGACAUCAACGCCUUACAGUAGUCCAUUGACAUUCACUCUUAAAAAAGACGGCUCAAUUAGAGUUUUGCUUGAUGCCAGAAGCAUAAAUAAGAAAAUGGUUGCAGAAACAGAGAAACCACCUAUACAAUUAGAUGUUUUGAAUUCAUUUCACGGAGCGAAUUAUAUCACUACCAUUGACUUAUAUAAUGCAUAUUUUCAAAUUCCGAUAAAUAAAGAUGGUAGAAAAUAUACUGGAUUCACAUUCAAUGGAAAGUCAUAUGUAUAUAAUGUUUUGCCGCAAGGAUUAAAAACAUCAGUAGGAAGCUUUAGCAGAGCCAUGAAUUUAAUAUUAGGACCAGAAGUCCAAGAAUUUUGUGUGAACUAUUUAGAUGAUCUAGCCAUUAUUACUACAGGAACGUUAGAUAAACAUUUGGAGCACAUUGAUAUUGUUUUAAGUGAAUUGAACAAAGCUGGUUUAACGUGUAACUUGCAGAAAUGUGAAUUUAUUUGUAAAGAAAUUAAAAUGCUGGGUUUUAUAAUUUCAACAGAAGGCAUAAAGACAGACCCCGACAAGAUUCGAGCGAUUCAAGAGUUUCCAGCACCUAAAAAGAUUAAACAAUUAAGGGCCUUUUUAGGUCUAUGCAAUUUUUAUAGAAGGUUUAUACCAAAUUACAGCGAGAGCAUAAUACCGCUCUGUGAAUUACUUAAAAAGGGACGAAAGUUCCAAUGGAGCGGUAAAGAACAGAAGGCAUUUGAUUUUAUAAAACAACAAUUUAUUAAUACAAUACAAUUGCAUCAUCCAGACUUUAAUAAGCCGUAUUAUUUACAAACAGAUUGUUCCGGUAUGGGUAUGGCCGGAGUACUAUAUCAGAUAGAUGAUAAUAAUGAAAUGAGAAUUUUAGGCUAUCAUAGUAAAGCCUUAAGAGGCCCCGAAUUAAAUUGGUCUGUUACUGAACAAGAGUUUUAUGCUGUAAUAAGCUGCCUAAAGAAAUUUGAAACAUAUUUGCGGGGCAGUAAAGUAAUAAUACUAACUGAUCAUAAAGCAUUAUUGUUUCUUAAUAAUAUGAAGUUAUUCAAUGGUAGAGUAACCCGAUGGAUUUUGUAUAUAGAACAAUUUAAUUAUGAAGUACAGCAUAUAUCGGGUAGACGUAAUAUUGUUGCAGAUGUGCUAUCACGUUAUCCUCCUGAUGGCGAUUUAAUACAAGAGGAUAAAAAUAAUAGUUUAGAAAUUGCUUACACAGAGAGCGAACCGAAUAUUGAGUUGAUAGAAAAAUUAAAAUCCUUAUCAGUAUAUCAAUUACAAGAUUCAGAGUCGUUGGCUAUUAUUAAAAAGUUAAAGACAUUAAAUACUUCCAUAAUAAAACAAAACAAUAAAUUUAAAAAGUAUAGUUUGAAAAAUGAUGUAUUAUAUUACAAAACGAAUUUACAAGAAGUAAUAUAUUUACCUAAAGCAUUGAGACAAGAUAUUAUAAAUCAAGUGCAUGUCGAAAUGGGUCAUCAAGGACCCUAUAAGGUAAUUAAAUAUGUGAGAGACAGAUUCUUUUGGAAAGGUUUAACAAAAGAUAUUAAAAACCAAUUAAGGGCUUGUCAUUUAUGUCAGUUAUCUAAGAAAAGCAAUAUAACAAAUGUGGGUCCCUGCAAAUCUAUAAUAACAGAAAACAUUGGCGAUAUAGUCAUGGCAGACUUAUAUGGACCGCUUGUAUCAGGUACCUUUGGUUACACUUUCAUAUUUGUCAUUCAAGAUUCAUUCAGUAAAUUUAUCAAAUUAUAUCCUUUAAAACAGUCAACAGCAAAGUCUGUUGUAACAAAAGUAAAGCAUUUUGUUGAGAUUAUAAAGCCCAAGGCAAUAAUGACAGAUAAUGGAAAACAGUUCGUAAGUAAUCACUGGAAACAAUCAAUGAGUGAAUUAAAUAUAAAGCCAAUAUAUACCACAGUUAGAAAUCCUUAA